AAGUGUGCAAGGCGUGGGCAAGCCGGCUUGUUGUCCAGCUGAAGCUGCGAUUUACUAAUGCAUGGCGCACACUUUCCGCUCACCAAAUUAUAAGUUUAGGUCUAUCAGGCUUCGUUUCGCCUCUCGGCAUUCGGAUCUUAGCCGAUUGAGUCGCCGGGUCUUUUGAUGGAAAUAUCGGUAGCCCCGAGCAAUCGCCGGGGGGCAGCGCAAGUAUUUGUCAGCCCCUGAAAUUCCCAAAUCUUUCGGAAUCAGGCGCAAACGACAACGAGGUCCAUUUGUCAGCCCUCAUUCUCGAGAAACUUACAUGGUAUAUUAAGGGUUGGAGGAGUCUCGAGCGUAAUGAUGCCGUAUAGUCGGCAAUUCCUAUCGCUACCCAUUCGCACUUGAAUCUUUGUUGCCUUUCGUCAUGUCGAGCCCAUCCGUUCUGGUCAUUGGGGCUGGCGAGCUGGGAACAGCUGUACUCGACGCGCUAUCGAAACACGCGCAGCGCCAGUCCGGAAGACUGGCCGUCCUCCUGCGCGAGGACACUCUCAAAUCUGCGGAUCCGGCCAAGGCGGAUAGGAACGAAUAUCUCAGGUCCCUCGGCAUCGAACUUGAGGCCGGUGACUUCAUCAACACCCCCAUCCCGGCCCUGGCCGCCGUGUUCGGGAGGUACGACGUCGUAAUCCAGUGCGGCGGCUACGGCAUCCCGACAGAAGUGCAAGUGCGAGUCACCGAGGCGGUGCUCGAGGCGGGAGUGCCCCGAUACUUCCCAUGGCAGUUCGGCGUUGACUAUGAUGCCAUCGGACCUGGGAAUUCCGAGGGCUUGUUCGAUGGGAUGCUUGGGGUGCGGCAGCUCCUGCGAUCGCAGACAAAGACCAAGUGGACUAUUAUAUCGGUGGGAAUGUUUAUGAGCUAUUUGUUCCUGCCUAGCUUUGGAAUCGUCGAUCUGGAGGAGCGGACCGUCCGAGCUCUUGGAAGCUGGGAGAACCGAGUCACCGUCACCACUGUGGAGGGCAUUGGCACCAUGACUGCCGAAGCAGUUUACCGGCCUGACGGAACCGGCAGCCAGGUCGUUCACAUAGCAGGCGACACGAUGUCAUAUGGCAAGCUGGCGGAAUUGCUCGACAGCUCAUAUGGAGUUACGUUCAAGAGAGAAGUUUGGGAUUUGCCUUAUCUGAGGCAAAAACUGGCAGAGAGACCCGAGGACCUCAUGGCGAAGUAUCGAGUGGUUUUCGGUUCUGGAACAGGAAUCUCGUGGGAUAUGGAGGAAACACUGAACCAUCAACGGGGUAUCCACCUCACCGGAAUCAGGGAAUACAUUGAGGAGAAUAGAGGGCCAUAAUCAGCGGAAUGGGGCCGAUCUCCUCUUUUCUAAAAUCUUUCCGCAAUCCACUUGGAUUACCAUCCCUAGACAGCUUGAGACAUAAAAUAAUUGAAGUCCAAUAUGGAAGCUAUGCUUGGAGGCUCUAAUGCGAGGUGGUGAGACCCGACGUCUAGGGUGCCUGUAUCAAUUUCGGGGGCCUUAACUCAGGCUGGCUUAAUCUUAUCGCCAAUGAUGUGGGCUUCUUUAACUACUGUACCUGGUCCCACCCGUGCCACGCUCUCCGCCAACAGAGCCUCAUCUUGUGAACAUUCCCUGUCC